CAAUGUGAGCGACUCGGGCCAUCAACAUGCGGCAUGGAUAUGUUGACUUGAGCCAACGUGUGAAGUGAGAAAUAAUCAUUUCAUCAUCGCUGCGGAAAGUAUUUAGUUUGUUAUUGUGGCAUUUUCCUUUUCGCGAGCAAGAUGGCGAACAUCAACCUCCAGUUCAAGACAAAUUACGAUGUUUCCAGCAAGAUCGAACCGUUUUACAAAGGAGGGAAAGUGCAGAUCAGCAACGAUGAGCAACACAUCUUCUGCACGUGUGGCUCUCGUGUCAAUGUUUUGGAGAUCAGCACAGGAAAGAUUGUCCACAGUGUCGAGCAUGAUGAUCAAGAGGACAUCACAUCUUUUGCACUGAGCUGUGACGAUGAGCUGCUGGUAACAGCCAGCAGGGCUCUGCUGCUGAAGCAAUGGGACUGGAAACAAGCUCAGUGCACUCGUUCCUGGAGGGCCAUUCACACAGUGCCUGUAGCCAGUAUGACCUUUGACUCGACCUCCACGCUCCUCGCCACAGGUGGCUGUGACGGUACCAUUAAGCUUUGGGAUGUGUUGAAGCAGUACUGCACACACAACCUGAAAGGGUCAUCUGGAGUUGUGCACCUCGUCCAGUUCCAUCCAGACAUCAGCCGACUGCAGCUCUUCUCCUCGUCUCUGGACUGCGGCAUCCGGCUGUGGGACCUGAGCUCCAGUCAGUGUGUGUGUGUGCUGCAGAGCCAUUACAGCGCCGUCACCUCCCUCAGCUUCAGCGCUGACGGUGACACCAUGGUCAGUUCUGGUCGAGAUAAGAUCUGUACAGUGUGGGACCUUGAGACUCGGAAAGCCAAGAGGACUGUGCCUGUCUACGAGGCUGUGGAGGGCGUUGUGCUGCUGCCUGAGGAUAAAGAUUUCUCUGAGAUUGGAGUGAAGAGCAAUGACUUGCAUUUCAUCACAGCUGGAAGCAAAGGGGUGUUAAGAGUGUGGGAGGCCAGCACGGCACGCUGCAUCUACAGCCAGAAGCUCCUCUCCACCCUCAGCCCUGUGUCUGGGGAGGAGGAAGAGCAGGACGACAACCCUCGCAGUCUGACGUACCUGCUGCACCUGCCCGUCUCCUCUAGACUGGCCACAGUCACUGCAGAACACAACAUAGUGCUCUACCAGCUUCCCGCCCUCACCACACAGCAGCAGUUUGUGGGCUACAAUGAUGAAGUACUGGAUGUGAAAUUCCUGGGUAAAGACAGUCACAUCGUGGUGGCCACCAACAGCUGCCAGAUCAAGGUGUUUGAGCUGCUCACCAACAGCUGCCAGAUCCUCUACGGACACACAGACACUGUCCUGUCUCUGGAUGUGUUCAAAACCGGCUCUCUCUUUGCAAGCUGUGCAAAGGACAGGUCAGUGCGUGUGUGGCAGAUGGACGGGGAUAGUGGUCAGGUGAGAUGUGUGGCCCAGGGCUCCAGCCAUGCUAAUGCUGUGGGCUCCAUCACCUGCUCCAGGAUGAAAGCGUCUUUCGUGGUGUCUGGCAGUCAGGACUGCACCGUCAAGGUGUGGGAUCUGCCCGCAGACCUGCCCACGACAGAAGAAGACAUACACGAGCUGACCGCCCGAUGCACAGAGAAGGCGCAUGAUAAGGAUAUAAACAGUGUUGCAGUGUCGCCCAAUGACAAGCUGCUGGCCUCGGGCUCCCAGGACCGGACCGCCAAGCUGUGGUCGCUGGCAGACGUGGGGAGCCUGGGCCUGCUGGGGGUGUUUCGGGGCCAUCGCCGCGGCGUCUGGGCCGUUUGCUUCUCUCCCGUCGACCAGGUGCUGGCCACGUCCUCGGCUGACGGCACCACCAAGCUCUGGAGCCUGCAGGACUUCAGCUGCCUGAAGACAUUCGAGGGGCACGACGCAUCAGUUUUGAAAGUGAUUUUUGUGAGUCGUGGGACUCAGCUGCUCACCAGUGGCUCCGACGGUUUAGUAAAGCUGUGGACCAUCAAGACCAAUGAGUGUGUGAAGACGCUGGACGCCCACCAGGACAAAGUGUGGGGUCUCCACGCCACCCGCAAAGAUGACAAGAUGGUGACGGGGUCAGCUGAUUCUUUUAUCACCGUAUGGGUGGAUGUGACUGAAGUGGAGCUGGCAGAGGAGCAGGCAAAACAGGAAGAUCAGAUACUCAAGAAGCAGGAGUUGUCCAACCUGCUCCAUGAGAAGAAGUAUCUGAAGGCGCUGGGUCUGGCCAUCUCACUGGACCAUCCUCACACCGUGCUCACUGUCAUCAAAGCGAUCCGUCAGGGGGAGGAUGGACAGGAGAUGCUGGAAAAGACUCUACUGAAGCUGCGAGUGGAUCAGAAAGAGUCACUCCUGCGCUACUGUGUGGUGUGGAACACCAACGCCAGGAACUGCCAGGAUGCUCAGUCGGUCCUCCAGGUGCUCCUCACACACCUGCCACCCGAGGAGCUGCUGAAGUACCAGGGAGCCCGAACACACCUGGAGGGACUCAUUCCUUACACAGAGAGACACAUGCAGCGGAUUGGAAAGUUGCUGCAGGCGUCCAUGUUCCUGAACUACAUGUGGCAGAAGAUGAGAGUGGCCGGAGCACCGUCCAGCAUGGAUCAAGAUGAAGAAAUGGAUACCACUCCCCUUGAACAGACCCAACCUGUCUUCAUGAUUGACAAGGAGAAAGAAAAGGGCAGCGGCGACGAGAACCAGGAUGUCGGGAGUGACAGCGAUAGCGGACAAGAUGAAGAUCCAAAUUGCCCGGUUGAAGACGAGGAGGAGAAAGAUGAAGUCAGCGCCACCACAAAAGAUGGGAGAAUAGAAAUCAAAGAGAGCAAUGGAACGAAUGGCAAUCACCACUCUGACAGCGAGGAGAGUUCAGAGGAAGAAGACACGAAAGAAGAGGAGAAGGAUCAAAGUACAACGGUGAAGUGUCUCCCAGUUUCUUCUGCUCCUCAGGGCCAGGCUCUCGCCAGCUGACAGGGAUCACCGAGGAGCACGCGGUGGAAACUCUCCUGAAGAAAAACAGGAGAUCCUCGUAUCUUGGACCAUUAGCUGGAGCGACACACUGAAUGUGUGGCAGCGAAGGAAGAGACGUGUGUGGGACUUUGCUCUGAUUUCUGCAGACAUGAUGUACAGAAAAGAUGAGGAAGGAGUGAUGAAUGAAAGAAGGUUAAACAAUCAGACAGGGUUGAGCCAGAGUUCUCUUCACGCACAGCAAAUACCAGCGCCCAUUGUCUGGCUCUGCAAUGUUGCAAAGUCCGGAUCUACUGGCUCGACCACAACACAAAAGGCUCCUUAUAUCAAGAUUCUUUUUUUUAUGUAAUGACUAGAAAUGUUUAUGAAAUAAAAAUGCGUUUGUUGUCAUUUAAA